GUUUGUUUAGGUGACGUCAUGCUUGGCCCUCGUCGCCCUCCGUAGUGGCGGCAGUUGCUUGGUCUUCAAUCUAUCACGUCAAGUUUGGCCAAAAAGAGAAAAAAAAGCAGACGAAGAAAUAAAGGCGCGGCGGCCAUGGACGACGUCACCCGUUUGAUGUCCACGGGAGACACGGUGAAGAUCUGGGAUGCAGAUUCCAUGACGCUGCUGGAGCAGUUCAACCCGCACAGCGGCAGCCACCCGCUGGCGCAGGCCUGCUGGAUGGCAAACAAUCAGCAUGUGGUGAGCGCCAGCAGCAGCGGGGACAAAGUUGUCGUAUCCAGUCUGAAGUCUCCUGACAUCCCUCUGCUGGAGUUCGCCCAGGGGAAAGGACAAACGCGCGUCUGCCUCAGCUCGUCCUCCCAGUUCGUGGCCAGCGGAGGUCUGGACCGCUGCGUCCACAUUUGGGACUUGAAGACGUCCAAGCUGCUGCGCUCGCUCAAGGAUCACGGCGACGAGGUCACGUGCGUGUCCUUCAACGCCAACGACAGCCUGCUGGCGUCCGGAGCCGCCGAUGGCCAUCUCGUCCUCUACAGUCUCACCACCAACACGUCCAGCAAACCCUUCGGAUACGGAAGCCAGCAGCCGGUGCGCGACUUGGGCCUGUCGUGCCUGAAGCGCUCCCUGCUGGGGAGCGUGUCGGACGGCGGCUGGCUGACGCUGUGGGAUGCCAACACGCAGAAGGAGCUCCACGCCUUCCGGAGCGCCCACAAAGCGCCCGGCUCGGCCGUGGCCUUCUCGCCCGCCAGCGAGCUGCUGGUGGUCAGCGUCGGCCUGGACAAGAAGAUCGUCUGCUACGACACGGCCAGCAAGAUCAUUGUGCGUUCGAUCCGCGCGGAGAGCCCACUCACGUCGGUGGCCUUCACUCCGGAUGGCGCGGGCGUGCUGGCGGGUUCCACCCAGGGCGACGUCUUGCGCUACGACUUGAGGAACAGCAGCGCCCCCAACAGGGUGACGCCGGCGCACGCCACCUCCGUCACCUGUCUGCGCUUCCAAUGCACCACCCCCAGACACAAGUCGAGCAAAAUGCCUUCGUCCAGGGUGUCCGUCACCAAGAGCUCCGCCUCCAAAGUGUGCAGCGGACAGCUGAGCCCCGCCCUUAACUCCUCCCCUCAGAUAAAUGCAGGUACAUUCUUGUCACGCGUCUCCUGGAGGCAAAGGGGUGUUUCCAAGCUCGCGUUGUUUUCUGCAGGUGCGGUCGGACAGCAGGGGGCGGAGCAAUUGGCCGUCGCGGAGAAGUUCAGCGGCGUCGGACGAAACAGCCUCGACAUGUUUUCGCCACUGCGACAAGGUAACGACACGCAGCCCCCCCCCCCUGUCCGCGAGGCCUCACGUGUGACACAUGCAAAAACGUACACAGAUGCGGGGGGUCCGCCGACAAGCGCCGGCGAAACGUUCGGAGCGGCUGAAGCGACGGCGUUGAGCAAGGAGGCGGGGCUUCCUCAGAUCUGCGGCCGCGGCAGCCUGGAGAUGUUCUCGCCACUUCGAGAAGGUCAGACCGCCGACGCCGCCCCGAGGAAGCCGUCGGCGGGACGACUCUUGCGUCCGACCUCCGCCUACCACACGCCCACCAUCGAGGAGGAGGAGUCGGCCCAAGUGGAGAUGAGCGACUCCUCCCCCAGCCUGGAGGCGGAGAGGCAGACUCUGACCGGCUCAUCCCGCCCCGCCGAUUUUAGCCACCUGGUGCCGCCCUUCACUCCGGAGCUUCGAGCGAGAGCCGGCGGCGUUCAAGCUCAGCUGGACUACGACUCACCUGGCGCAGACGCGGCGACUGAGGCGGCAGGCGGCGCGCCGACUCCCUUCAACAGUGUCCUCAUGAACGCCAUCACCGGCAUCAUCCACCAAUCACUGGACGAGCUCAGAGAUGCGUGCCACCGGGACAUCAUCAACCUUCAGGUGGAGAUGAUUCGGCAGUUUUGUAUCCAGCAGAACGAGUUCCAGGCGCUGAUGUCGGCGCAGCACUCGGCCAACGAGGCGCUGCUGCAGGAGAACCAGCGGCUCAAGGAGGAAAACCUUCGCCUCAAGACCAACUACUGAACAGACAAUUUACAUUUGCGGUCAUUAAAAGUUGCCGU